CUAAAUGGUCCUACCUGGUGCAGCAGAUUAACCUUUUUUCUCGCUUCUCUCUGGUUUGGGUGAAUUGAAGAGAGGGUUGCAGCAAGUGAAUAAGAGGGACCCCGGGGAUAUGCGAUUCCAAUAAGGCAUCGACGAAGGAUGUUUGGAGCGCGCUUUGUAUGCCUGGCUCUUCGCCGCUGUUCCUCUGCUCCAUAUCCUAAGCAUGCUGGGACACCCAAGCUACUUCGGGUUCAGGAAGCGUUGGAUGUCAGGGACCUGACCGGGCACGAUAUUAAAGUCCAGGGUUGGGUCCGUUCCAUUCGAUCCCAGAAAGAAAUCUUGUUCGUACAUGUCAACGACGGCUCCUCGUUAGAAAGCCUCCAAGUGGUUGCUGACCCAAGAUUGGAACCCAGGGAGAUGACUUUUGGAAGUUCCGUGGAAGUGCAAGGAAAACUGAUCAAAAGCCCUCACAAAAAGCAAAAUGUGGAACUGGUGGCAGAAAACAUUCGUGUGGUGGGACCCUGCGACGUCUUGGCAUUCCCUCUGAAGUACAAAACCCAUCAGUCUCUAGAAUACCUCAGGCAGUUCCCUCACUUUCGAUGCAGGAGCAAUUCGUUAGGCGCCCUCCUGAGAAUACGCAGUGAGGCCACGGCAGCGAUCCACGCCUUUUUCAAGGACAAUGGAUACAUGCACAUUCAUACACCAAUCAUAACCUCCAAUGACUGUGAAGGCGCUGGAGAAGUCUUUCAUGUAGAGCAUGCAAAUGAAGAGAAAGAGCCCGGAGAAAACCCCCAUUUCUUCAAUGUCCCUGCAUUUCUGACAGUCUCUGGACAACUCCACUUGGAAGUGAUGGCUGGGGCAUUUACCAAGGUAUUCACUUUCGGUCCAACGUUCCGAGCUGACAAUUCUCAAAGCCGCAAGCACCUGGCUGAGUUUUAUAUGGUGGAGGCGGAGUUGUCGUUCACGGAAAGCCUUCAGGAUAUCAUGCAGGUCAUGGAGGAUCUUUUCAAGAAGGUGACGGAGGUGGUGCUGUCCAAAUGCCCCCGUGAUGUUGAGCUUUUUCAUAAACAUGUAGCUCCUGGACAAGAGGCCAAGUUGGAACAGAUGCUGAAGAACCAAUUUAUAACAAUGUCCUACACUGAAGCAAUAGACGUUUUAAAGCGAGCUCAUCAGGUGUUCACUUACACACCAGAGUGGGGUCAGGAUCUCCAGAGCGAACAUGAGCGAUACUUGGUGCAACACUGUGGUGAAAUCCCUGUAUUUGUGUUUAACUAUCCGUAUGACCUUAAGCCUUUCUAUAUGCGGGACAAUGAAGAUGGAGUCCACCACACGGUUGCAGCAGUUGAUCUUCUGGUGCCAGGAGUUGGUGAACUUUGUGGCGGCAGCUUGAGAGAAGACCGUCUGGAUUUCCUAAAGCCCCGCCUACAGAGGUUGGGUCUUGAAGACAUCUAUCACUGGUACCUAGAGCUGCGUCAGUUUGGAUCAACACCUCACGGAGGGUUUGGAAUGGGGUUUGAGCGUUACCUCCGGUGCAUUUUGGGAGUCGAGAACAUCAAAGACGUCAUCCCAUUCCCACGGUUUCCCCGCUCCUGUGUGUUUUAGGGCUUCGGCUGCAGACGUGUCUUUCACGAAUUCGUGGCCUGCCUGGAUGACAGAAUUCUGCAUUUGGGGGGAGGUUUUGAGGGUUGGUUUGGUUUUUGUGCAUUGAAUAAUCUUGGCACAGAAGACUUGAAGUUUUGAAGCUACGGUGGUUUUGUAUUAUAUUUGUACACAGAAGUUUUAAAUCUGCAGAGUGCUUUGCGCCGUCUGAAGCGAGCAGCGGGCUGUACCCCGGCCAGAACUAGACUGAAUAAAUUUAAGCGUUACUGGG